CUUUUUUCUCAUUCGUUAAAGAUGUCUUCUGCUGUUGUUAUGGGUUUUGUUGUUGCCGGCGCAGCAACUGCUGGUCGUCUCGGCAUUAGAGCAUUUCAAGAAUAUCAAAAGUUACCAAAGAAACCAAGAAUGUCCAAGUUUUAUAAAGGCGGAUUCGAUGCCAAGAUGAACAAGAGAGAGGCUGUUUUGAUCCUCGGUCUUAGAGAAUCGCAAGCUACUAAGCAAAAAGUAAAAGAAGCACACAGACGUAUUAUGUUACUUAAUCACCCUGACCGUGGAGGAUCACCCUUUUUAGCUUUAAAGAUCAACGAAGCAAAGGAUUUUUUGGAUAGCAAAGUGAAGAAAUAAGAUCAACUCAACUAUACAGCCACACGAAAUCAAAAAGAAUUGUAUGCUUUUCAUCCUUGAACGAGUCCCCCUAAAGUAGAAUAGAUUAACAGUAUAAACCAUGUAGAAUAAAAGCUUAGGUUGCUCAUUUAACAAAAAAAAAGAAGAAAAGAAAGGACUGAUAUUUGAUGUAGCCACUAUUUGCAUCAAUCACAGUCUAGUAUGGGUCGGUCAUAUUGUCGAUCAAACAUGUAGUGGUAUGAAUAUAAUGAGAAGAUAGUAUAGCGCAAACAAAAACAAGCAAGCAGCCCAUUCCUUAAUGAUUGUUAC